ACAACUCAACUGUAAUAACGGAAUCAGUUUCAUCGUCUUCUCUACCCCAAGAUGAAAAUUCCCCUUCCUGCAAAACCCUAAUUCUUAAUUUCAAAACCCUAAUUCACUAAAUUUACGAAUUGAAACUCAUUGUUACUUCAAUGGACUCUCACUCUCACCUAAACUUAACCAACCGCUCUCGCAGCUCUCAGUCUCCGUCACCUUCGCACUCCGCUUCUGCUUCCGCAACUUCCUCUAUUCACAAACGAAAGCUAGCCGCUGCCGCUGCAUCUGAAGACCACGCACUGCCAUUCCCUCCUUCAUCUUUCUCCGCCGAUACACGCGACGGAGCACUCACAUCAAAUGACGAUCUCGAAAGCAUAUCCGCUCGCGGCGCCGAUUCCGACUCCGACGUGGAAGACUCAGACGUUGUCGUUGACGAGGAUGAGGACGAGUUCGACAAUGACUCAUCUAUGCGGACAUUCACCGCAGCGCGACUGGAGGCGAAUGCCGGAGCAUCAGGAGUGGGAGGCAGUGGUUCUGGAGGUGGCGGUGCUGGUGGAGGAUCGAUGGCGAGGAAUACGAAGAUGAAGUCGGAGAAUAAUUCAACUGUUAAGAUUGAAAAGCUAGAAGGAAAGGAUGGUGGGGCAGGUGGUGUGGGGUCUACAGCAGCUGGUAAUUCGAUGAAGGAGGAUGCUGUUAAGAUAUUUACUGAGAAUUUGCAAACUAGUGGUGCUUAUAGUGCUAGGGAAGAAAGUUUGAAGAGAGAGGAGGAAGCAGGGAAGCUCAAGUUUGUAUGUCUUUCGAAUGAUGGUAUUGAUGCGCACAUGGUUUGGCUGAUAGGAUUGAAGAACAUAUUUUCCAGGCAGUUGCCUAACAUGCCUAAAGAGUAUAUUGUGCGUCUUGUCAUGGACCGAACCCACAAGUCCGUUAUGGUUAUCAGACGUAAUCACGUUGUUGGUGGCAUCACAUAUCGUCCAUAUGUAAGCCAAAAGUUUGGGGAGAUAGCUUUUUGCGCUAUCACAGCAGAUGAACAAGUAAAAGGGUAUGGAACAAGAUUGAUGAAUCAUUUGAAGCAGUAUGCACGUGAUGCUGAUGGGCUAACACAUUUUUUGACAUAUGCUGACAAUAAUGCCGUUGGUUAUUUCAUUAAACAGGGUUUUACUAAAGAGAUUUACUUGGAGAAGGAUCGUUGGCAAGGGUAUAUUAAAGACUACGAUGGAGGUAUCCUUAUGGAGUGCAAAAUUGAUCCGAAACUUCCAUACAUUGAUUUAUCAACAAUGAUUCGUCGUCAAAGGCAGGCUAUUGAUGAAAAGAUAAGAGAGCUAUCCAAUUGUCACAUUGUUUAUCCAGGGAUUGAUUUUCAAAAGAAAGAAGCUGGCAUUCCUAAAAAGAUUGUCAAAGUUGAGGAUAUUCCUGGCUUGAGGGAAGCCGGAUGGACUCCUGAUCAGUGGGGCCAUUCACGUUUCAAUGCCUUUAAUACUUCUACAGACAGCACCACAAAUCAAAAGCAUUGGACUGCAUUCAUGCGCUCACUUUUAAAGUCGAUGCUCGACCACGUUGAUUCAUGGCCAUUUAAGGAACCAGUUGAUGCUCGUGAUGUUCCUGAUUAUUAUGACAUUAUCAAAGACCCUGUAGACCUAAAGACAUUGGCAAAGAGGACAGAGUCGGAGCAGUAUUAUGUAACGUUUGAUAUGUUUGUGGCGGAUGUCAAGAGGAUGUUUGCCAACGCACGCACAUAUAAUUCGCCUGAUACUAUUUAUUAUAAAUGUACAACAAGAUUGGAAGCCCAUUUCGAAAGUAAAGUUCAAUCAGGUUUCCAAUCUGCUGCCAAAAUACAGCAAUAAUGAUCCAAUCAAGGCAUGUAAUACCGUCAUGCUACAGAGAUCAAUAUUUAGUUUGGACAUCGUAAGAUGUGUAUUAUUUUUCCAUUUAACCUCAUCCAAUGCACUUCUAGCUGAGGAUCAUGCUAUUGCUUAUCCUGGUUUCUCUCCCCAAAUCAUACAUUGGAUCUUGCCGCCAUUGCUUGGUUGUCUUUUGCCGGAGUUCUUCUAUGGUGUUCAUCCUCCUGUGUCCGAAAGGAUUUUCAUAGACUAUGUUCUGGUGGCCUUGUUUUUAUGGUAAGCGCAGUUCAGAUUCUCAGUUUUCUUUGUACAUUGGGAAGUAGAAAAAUGUAUUUAUUUAAGUUAAAUCGUGCGCUAGUUUUUUAUAGAAUCUUUUCUUGUUUCUUUUGAAUUGAAAGAACUGUAAAAUAUUAUUCUUGGACAUUCAAAAUAAGGGAAUGUUUCUUGUUGUAUUA